UACCAUGAAAAACCACAAGUGAUUUUUUUGCAGCAGAGGGGUCUUGUUCAUAUGAGUGCGUGUUUGUCUGUGUAUCUCAUAAAGAGACCUACCAGCAUUUAACUGACCACACAAGAGGGAGACACUAUCAUCACCGAAUCCAGAGUAAAAGAGAAAAGAAUGGCAGCGUGGGACCUUACAGUCACAGUGGAGGAUCUUGGUCCUGAUGCCCCACCCAUCCAAAUCAGUGUGACCUCUGAGCUGCACAUUGGUGGAGUUAUUCUCAAAUUAGUUGAGAAGACCAAUCUGAAGAAGGACUGGUCCGAUCAUGCUCUGUGGUGGGAGCAGAAGCAGCAGUGGUUGCUGAGAACCGGCUGGACACUGGACAAAUGCGGGGUCCACGCAGACGCUCGCCUCGUCUUCACCCCACAGCACAAGCCUCUGCGACUGGGCUUGCCGAACGGGGUGACGCUGAAAAUGCGAGCCUGUUUCUCCAGUUCUGCAUUUCGCACUGUCAUGGGCAUCUGCAGGGUUCUCAAUUUACGUCACCCAGAGGAGCUCUCCUUGCUCCGUCCUGUUGAGGAGAAAAAGAAAAAGAAAGACAAAGAUUCCUCAGAAGAGCUGUAUGAUCUUACAGAUGUUCCUCUAACCGCAGGCUCUGUUCAAGCUCUGUACGAUGGCAUGCCGGCUCAUUUUGCUGACUCUCCGAAGACUGAGGCUGUGUAUAAAAUGCUAUCUGUCAGCUUGCCCUCACCUGCUCCUGAAGCCAUCGCUAAACUCUACCGGCCAGCCAGUGUGGUGGACAAAACACAUAUUCACACCAGGUGGCUGAAUUCAUCUCGUUCACUGAUGCAGCAGGGGAUACGAGAGAAUGACAAACUAUGGCUUCGUUUCAAAUACUACACUUUCCAUGAUAUGGAUCCCAAGUAUGAUGCAGUGCGUUUGACGCAGUUGUAUGAACAAGCUCGCUGGGCUAUACUCUUGGAGGACAUAGACUGUACAGAAGAGGAAAUGAUGCUGUUUGGCGCCCUGCAGUACCACAUAGGAAAACUGUCCUUGUCUCAGGACAUGGUCUCUUCUUGUCAAGGGAUGGAUGACUUGGAGUCUGCGCUGAAAUCCCUGGAGGUCAAGAUGGUGGGAGAUAGCAACAGCACAGACACGCUGGAAAACAUGACUGCUCCAGAGCUAAACGACUAUUUGAAAAUUUUUCGGCCUAAGAGACUAACUCUCAAGGGUUACAAGCAAUACUGGUGCAAAUUUCAGGACACAUCGAUCUCCUAUUAUAAAAGCAGCGAGGACCGCUAUGGAGAGCCCAUUCAACAACUGAACCUGAAAGGCUGUGAGGUUGCGCCAGAUGUCAGUGUAGCAGGCCAGAAGUUCUGUAUCAGACUCCUCAUUCCUGCACCAGAAGGCAUGAAUGAAAUCUACUUGCGAUGUGAAAAUGAGAAGCAGUAUUCUCAGUGGAUGGCCGCCUGUAAGCUGGCAUCCAAAGGCCUGAUGUUAUUGGACAGCUCGUAUCAGAAUGAAGUAAAGAACAUCCAGACGUUCCUUGCAAUGCAGCGCUCCAACUCUGCAGCUCCUGCUGCACAAACUGACGAAAGCAUCAACACACACAGCCUCGUCUCACCAAGAUACCAUAAGAAAUACAAGCCCAAACAGUUAACCCCUCGUAUCCUGGAGGCCUAUCAGAAUGUCGCCCAGCUCUCUUUGACGUCUGCCAUCUUGAAGUUCCUGCAGAUCUGGCAAGCUCUGCCAGAUUUUGGAAUUUCCUACUUCAUGGUCAGGUUUAAGGGCAGUCGUAAGGACGAAGUUCUGGGCAUCACUAACAACCGUCUGAUCCGUAUAGACCUGGGAAUCGGAGAUGUGGUGAAGACUUGGCGUUAUAAUAAUAUGAGACAGUGGAAUGUUAAUUGGGACAUACGACAGGUGGCGAUUGAAUUCGACGGAAACAUUAACAUAGCAUUCACCUGCGUGAAUGCAGACUGUAAGGUUGUGCAUGAGUACAUUGGAGGAUACAUCUUCAUGUCCACUCGCUCCCGACAGCAAAGUGACACACUGAACGAGGAGCUCUUCCACAAACUCACCGGCGGCCACGAGGCUCUCUAAACACCAAGCAACAGCUUACAGAGAAAAAACCAUUACUGAAGCUACAAAUGGAGGAAACUGAUAAGAAUUCAGUGUUAGCACUGCACAGCAACUGUCCCUUUGUUUUGCCUGUUUUCAACGAGUCAUCAUUUAGUGAUCAAUAUGCAUGCAUUGAAUUAAGACUCUUUAACAUUGAAACAUGGAUCUUUUCCAUAACAUGUUACACACACAUGUAAUGAGUCUGUAUAAACCAUCACACUUAAUAUAUGACUGCCUAACAGGAAAAUAUGACAAUUAAUUACUUAAAAUGUCCAAAAACUAACUAUGGAAUUUUGUCAUUAUUAGCAGGGUGUCUGUAUUUCUGCCAUCUCAUGUGAGUAACAGCUCAGGAAACCACUAUCAUUGUCUGACCAGACAAUGGUCUAUUAGUCGAUAGCUCACAAUUUCCUAUCUCUGUCCAACAGAGUUUCAGUUACUGCACCAGGGUUAUUUUUAGAUGGGUGGGAGAGUUUAGUAUCGAGUUAACAAAGUGCCAUCUCUGCAUUGUCCUUCAGUUCACAGUCUUGCUGAUUCUCUAUUAUUCACUAGAAACAUAAUGUGUUAAAAUACUGUGCAUAAUAUUAAGCAUUAUGGUACACCAUUAUAUUCAUUUAAACCAUAAAAAAGUACUAUUUUA